CCGGUAUUACGUCUGUUUCUAUUUUGUGUUUGCUAAUAAUUUGACAACAUGGCGAGUCCGGAGGAAGAAUAUGACACUAGCUGGGUCUCCGAUUUGAAACAAGUAUUAUUAUCAGAAUGCAAAAUUGACAGUAUCAGAAAAGUUUGUCGAGGAAAACCAGUACCAGACACAUUAAGGGCUGAAAUAUGGCAGAUCUGCUUGAAUAUAAAUCCUAAAAAUGAAGAGUCAUGGGAUGAAAUAUUUGAUUUGCCAGAACAACCAGUAAUUCGAAAAGACUGUCAAAGUUUAGUUGAUAGGUUAGGAAAUGAAGAAGAAGACAAAGUAUCCGUUUUGUGUGAUAUUGAGUCUGUCAUUACCAGAUAUCGUCGACAGUCUGGAUAUGAUUAUGAUUCCAACUGGGUUCAUUUACUGGAACCUCUCAUUGCUUUGCGGCUUCCUAAAACAAAAUUAUAUUCCUACUUUUGUUCUAUACACACAAGAUUCUUACCAAAAAAUUGUGCCAAAGAAUCUAGCCCCUUUCAUCUAUUACGUUUGCUUUUGCUGUAUCACGAACCAGAACUUUGCUCAUUCCUAGAUACCAAAAAAAUAACACCUGAAGCUUAUGCUGAAUCUUGGUUUGGCAGUCUUUUCUCUUCAGUGUGUUGCUUGAAAGUUAUUCAAAACAUGUGGGAUAUUUACUUCCAAGCAGGAGAUCCCUUUCUUGUCUUUUAUCUGGCUCUAGUUAUUGUAAUCAAUGCUAAAGAGCAACUACUAGAAAUGAGAGAUGCAGACAAGCAAUCGAUAAUAGAAGAGCUAUCUACAAUGCCAUGCAGGCUAGAAGCUGAAGAUGUUGAAGACUUUUGCACAGUGGCAUUCCAUUAUAUCAGUUGCACCCCUCCUUCUUACACAAAAGAAUGUCAGUCAAUUAUAUUUGAAGGAAAAUCACCUGCAGAUGAUGGUGCUUUAUUAUCACAAGCCUUAUGUUUGCCUGUUUCAGUUCAUGAUUUAAUUUCUAGGAAUAAUACUAAGGGAGACAAAAAUAUAAAAUAUUUUGUUGUUGAUUGUCGACCUGCCAAUCAGUACAAUAGUGGACAUUUAUCUACUGCUUUUCAUUUAGAUGCUAGUCUGAUGCUUCGUGAACCAGCUGCAUUUGGCACUGCUGUUGAAGCUCUUUUUGCUGCAAAGAAGCAGGCUAAUGUUGUUGGUUCUGUUGCUGCAGGGGAACAUAUUUGCUUCAUGGGUAGUGGCAGAGAAGAAGAGGACCUCUAUGUACAUAUGGUAGUUGCCAGUUUUUUGCAGAAGCACCAGCAUUAUGUCAGUUUGGCACAAGGUGGUUAUGAAGCUUUACAUAAAAUAAUUCCGUCCAGUGAUAUCAAUGUGGCAUUGGCAUCGCAUUGUGUGAAGAACUGUUUAGUUUGUGUUUCUCAAAAUCAAAAUACAGUAAAUGGGGAGACCCAUGAAAAAGAAGUUUCAAUAUUUGAUCAGUUAGCCACUGUUGUUAAAAGUCGAAGUAAUAUUGUAAAAGAAAGACUUGUAGAAUACAUUACAAAUCCUCAAACAGAAGAAGCAAGACACGUCAGUAGCAAUGAUCGUCUUGGAAAACGUUAUAGAGGCAUGGCUCCAGUUUUUAGUAUUGGAGAUGAUGAAGAUCCUGAUCGAUAUACAGAAUCCGAUGAAGAUUCUUCAUUUGAAGAAGUUAAUAUCCAGACAUGGUUGAAGAAACCUGGAGUCAUUGGUACAUUUGUAUGUGAAGAAAUAAGAGAUAUUCAAUUAAGAUAUCCUGGUCAUCUCAUUGUAACAGAAACACAUCUCUACAUUCUUAGAACCAAUCGUCAGAAGAAAGGAUAUGCUCACAUAGUUGCCGCUCACCCGUUAACUUCAAUAGUCAAAAUAACGAGUAAACGGAAAUGUCCUGAAUGGAUAACUUUUGCAUAUGGUCACAUUGAAGAUGAUGGCAUUGUUGUGCAGUCUAGGGAUCAUCUAUUUAUUCCAAAAGCUGGGGAUGCAACAAGUCUUAUUAAAUAUAGAAUCUAUGCAAUGGGUGAACAAUCAUCAGAAAGAUAGCUUUAAAUAAUAAAUUUAUAAACUGUGAGAUGUACAUAAAGAUGCAAAUAUUUAUAAAACACACGCAACUAUAUUGUUAGUUGAUAGUCACCCACUGAGAUAACUAACUUUUUAUUCAAGAGAAAUUUUCUAGGUAUUAAAAAAUUAUUUAUUGUUAUUGAAAGGACCUAUUGUUAUUAAAUUUUUUCUACUGUUUGUGUAAAUUAAUUUUUAUAAACUUCAGUUGUUUGGUUAUCUGUUUUUGUGCCUGUUCAUAGAAUAUAUUUGUGGUUGAUUGUUAUUUUUUGCUGUCAAAGUAUGUACCAAAAUUCUAUAAAUGUAAAUGGAAUUUUUUGAUACAUGGUAUUUGAAUUCAUUUAAGAUCCUCAAUAAAUUAUAUAAACAAAAAUUUUAAAAAAUGCUCAACUUUGCUUGGAUAUUCAGAAUCCUAAUGCUAUAUAAAUUAUCUUGGAAUAUUCUUCAUUUGUAUUUUGAAACAAAUUUCCUUUUUGGAUGAAUUAAUAAAUUAUUUUCAAAAAUUGCUAUUAUUAUUUUCUAAUAUAUUUCCAUAUACAAUAAUUGUGUCAAAUUGACAUCUGUGUAUUUCUAUAAAAUUGGAAUUAUGAAGGAAGUAAAUUAAUAUAAAACAUUAUUAUGUAAAAACAUUUCCAUUUUAAUAUAAAUAAUCGAUCAAUAUAUGAUGUAAGGCUGCGCUUUUUUGUUGUGUUUGUCUUUAAUUGUUCACCCAAAUUACACAAAGAAAAAAAAUGUUUGAAGUUGUUUUUUAUGAAUAUCUCUCUGUAAUGUCUGGGUUUAAUAUUUUUUUGAAUUAAACUGCAAAAAAAAUUGAAAAUUAGCUUCUGGCAUGAAUUUUAUUCAUAAAAUAGACAAGAUGAAUUUUUUCCAGGUGCACAUUUUUUUUUUCUGCUGUAUUAAUAAGUUCUGAAUUACUUUUUUUGAAAAAUGUGUUUAGUGUAUAUUAACAUACUUUCUUUUCAUCUGCUGGUCAGGUAUUUGUUUCAAGUUUUUCUCAUAUUUUACUGAAAGAUGCUACAAAUUAUUUGUAUAAAAAGCAAAAUAGCAUUUUUUAAAUAGACUACCUUUUUGUUAAAAAAUUUUUAUUCAUUUAUUUUUCUUUAUAUUGUUGAGAUUUUUUGGGGAUAUCUAGUUAUGAGGUAUUCAGGAAGGAAGUUGACUAAUUUUUAAAAUAAUAACACAUGUUUUUAAAAAAUUUUUGCAAAUUUUAAAGAAUAAUUGUAUUGCAAAAUUUAAAACUCUAAAAUAAAGUAUAUAUUUAUAUUUUCAUUCCAUUCUUCUACACAUUAUAGAUUGAUGACAUGCUUUCAAAUUAAAACGGAAGAAAAAUAGUUUCGGUUUUAUUGAUUCUUCGUCAUAAUUCCUUUUAAAAUUCUUUUAAUAAAUAUUGUGUAAUUUAUAUAAUUUAGUAAAUCUAAUAAUAUUAUUGUAGAAAUUAAUAGUAUGCAGUAUAUUUCCAGUCUUUUAUUAACUAUCAGUUCAGUUUUAAUGUAAAGUAGCCUCUGAUAUUUUAAAUACUCUGCAAAGCCAUUUCAAAAUUUUAGAAAUUUAUAUAUUGCAUGUUUUUUAAUUUUUAGAAAAACAUUCCAAGCUAUAUUUUCCGUAGUUGCAUAGAUCUAAUUCUAUUGCACUAAUGAAAAUACUCAAACCAAGAUAUUCUUAUUUAACAGUGAAAGUAUUCAUUAAAGAUGUAUUGUAAUUUGAACUAUUUUCAUACAAGCACAAUCCUCAAAAGGUAUAGAAUGCUAUUUUGUAUUUUUCUAUUUUAUGUUCUGGAUGGUGCAGUGUUUGAUAAUAAAACGAAAAAUGAAAGAAAAGUAUCUUUGUGCCUUCUCCCACAUAUUGAAUGCAAAAUACCAUUGAAAUAUUCUGUUUCUGUAAUUAUCAAAUUUUUAU